AUGUCACAGAAUAAAGAAUUCGGAUAUAGCUACGUUGGUUCUACUCCUGAACUGUCUGAAGCAAACAAAAGUUCAGAGGAUGAGCAAAGAAAAGUUCCUGCUUUUCGAAAGGUGAUUAAGAAAGUGAUAGAGAAACAGAAGAUUCAGAAAGUCAUAAAACCAAUUUGGCAGCUUCUGGUACGGGUUGGGGUUGUGGUGGUGGGUGGGGCCCUGUUUUUUUUUUUUGGAAGGUGGAAGGAAAAAAAGAACUAUGAAUCGGCAAUGGAAAUCAUUUCUUCUAUUUUGAAGUGGAACUCAGGCAAUGUGGUACAUGCUUCUGACAUACAUCCUUCAGAAUCAGGGAAUCUAAAAUUGCAGUUCUUGGGCAGUAUCUCUCCACAGGUGUUCACUGGAAUUCCUAUUGCAAGAAAGGAAAACAGCUUACAGGUAGCUUUACUUGAUGCUAUUACUGGGGAAGUUGUUACAUCUGGGCCAGAAGCCUCAGCAAAGGUGGAAAUUGUUGUGAUUGAUGGAGGUUUUGGUGUCGAUGAAGGGGGAGGUUGGACUCUCGAAGAGUUCAACAGUAAAAUUGUCAGCGGAAUGGAAGGAAAAAAAUCACUGCUAGGUGGAAAACGAUAUCUGCAUUUGAAAGAUGGCAUCGGUUCAGUUCAUAAGAUUUACUUCAAACAUACUAACGUCUGGAGGAGAAGGGGCGAAUAUAGGCUAUGGGCAAGAGUCGUGGAUCAUUCUAACGGAAGAAGAAUAAUUGUGGCAAAGACAGAACCCUUCACUGUUAAGGAUCGCCGUGGAAGUAACUAUUUUUCUAUUUUCUUGCUUGUGAUUGCUAAUAGCUGA